GCCGACGAUCCAUCGAUGUCGGCCUCCACCAUCGUCGCGGACACCGCGAGCGGCUGCCACAUCCUAAAAAUCGAUGGUUACUCGCACACCAAGGGGACCCCCACCGGGCAGGCCAUCAAAUCCGGGCACUUCACCGUGGGCGGCCAUCGCUGGUGCACCAACUAUUACCCCAACGGCCACACCUCCGACUCAGCGGAUCACGUAUCCUUUUUCGUUGUGCUCGACGAAAAGGUAUUCAAGACGGUCAAGUUCCAUGGCCAGAUUCGGUUCGCCAGCCUAGUUACGAGGAAACGGCCGCUCACAUCGGCAGACCCUUUGAAUUGUCUGACAACAGGCCACAUGUGGGGCUAUGCUAAGUUUGCCAAAAGAGAAGAGCUGGAGCGAUCGGAGCACCUCACCAACGACGCUUUCACAGUGAGAUGUGACUUGGUUGUCAUCAAUGAGAUCCGUACCGAGGACGUGGCCGCCGUCGGCGUCAACCAGUUUGUCACCGUGCCACAGUCCAACCUCACCCAGCACGUCGGCGACCUCCUAAAGAGCGAGAAGGGUACCAACGUGGUGUUCGAGGUCUGCGGCGAGACUUUCCCCGCGCACCGGUGCGUGCUCGCCGCCCGGUCACCGGUCUUCAGUGCAGAGCUCUUCGGUGCAAUGAAGGAGGGCAGCGGCGGCGUCGUGCGUGUAGGCGACAUGGAGGCGCGGGUGUUCAAGGCGCUGCUCUCUUUCGUGUACACAGACUCCUUGCCGGAGACAGAGGAGGAAGACGACCAAGCAGGCAGCAUGUUCCAGCAUCUACUUGUCGCGGCUGACAGAUAUGACCUGGGGCGGCUGAAGCUGAUUUGCGAGGAAAAGCUGUGCGUGUACAUCGAUGUGUUCACGGCGGCGACCACUCUAGCGAUGGCUGAGCAGCACCAUUGCCACGGGCUGAAGAAAGCAUGCCUCGAGUUCCUCAGCACGCCGGCAAAUAUGGAAGUUAUUUUCAGUGAAUCAACACCCAAAGCUCUUGCAUGUUAUGCAAAAAAAAGAUCCGGCGGUACGCUCGACGAUUCCCCCAAAACGCUGCAAAUCCAGAUUUUGGGGCAAGGCGGCGUGGAUCAACAUGGGCCCGCGUGCUUGUCCCACGUCCCUGUUGCCUGGCGCAAGGCUUCUGCCGGGCCUGGGCAGAAGUUUGCAGUGAUAGAUGAUGCUCAGCUCCUUCCUCACAGAGUAUUGAACUGA